AUAGAAGAAGGAUUUCCUUAUGUGCAAUUAAGUUUUCGUAUUUAUAGAGAAAAUAUCUUUUUUGAUAAAGUUCCUUUUUUUGUCGACCGACGGAUAAAAUGUUCUUUGUUUUCAUAAAUGCUGUAAUCUUAACAACAGUCACCUGCAGCAGUAAUGGAAAAAACACAGUAUGUGAAGGAAGUGUUAAAAAGCGGUGCUGUGCUGGUUACUUGGAAGUUAACGGCACGUGUGAAGAAUGCCCUGCUGGGAGGUUCGGCUUGAAUUGUAGCAGCCCCUGCAAAACUAAUUUUUAUGGUCGACUCUGCUUGGCGAAGUGUAUGUGUUCAAUUGACCAAUACUGUGACAACGUCAAGGGAUGUCUUAGGAAUUCAAGUUCAGACCUUUCGAUUUCUAGACAAAACGUUUCUGAUGUACCAUUUGAUGUUGGGAACAUCCAAGAAGACUUGGCAUGGCGCAACACUGCAUUCAUUCUCGCUUGGGUUUUGUUGAUACUUAUUGCUAUGAUCGGUGCUCUUCAGAUCAAAUCCAGAUUUGUAUCGGGUUUUAAUGGGAAAACUAAAGCUCGACACAGGACAGGCAAUGAAAACGCAUCAAUUGUAUAUGAAACAGACCAAACAGGCCGUGUUUCUGCAUCUUUGAGUAGCAGAAGUUGUAUCGGAGAGAAUCAAUUGUAUGAGGAACCUGACUCCACAUAUCCGUACGACAAUCUUUCACUCAGAGAUCAAGGAGUUGCUUUGUUCUUCCAAUCAAACGUUAUGCCAAACUCACCAGAUGUUUAUCUGGUUGAAAUGCAGGCAGAUUUUACCGGAACGUUAAUGAGUGAUCAAGUAUAUAGCUUGGCAAGUAUGCCUAUCCACAAGAGAGAUGUCUGCACUGACGACAUUGCAUCUUAGAUGAACUUUAGUUUGAAACAUCGUUCGUUUAGUUGAUUUGAUUCAAUAUAUGUAAUCAUGAAUUAUGUUUCAAAAAUGCCUAUUGUAAUAGUGCAAACAUCGUCUUACAAUAAUAUUGUAAAACAAUAUAAAACAAGUGUGAGAAUAUUUAAAGUCUCGAUUAAAACAACAUUGUCGCUUAUAUCUCUGUUUAUGUUUAUACAUGUACAUAUUUGUUGCUUGGAUGAUGCUUUAUUCUUGUAAAGAUUGGUGACUAAUUAAUAUAAAAAAACUGUACAUUCUAAAGUUUAAAAUAGCUAUAAAUACAGUAACUUUUAUUAUAUAUGUUAACUAAGAGCGGAGCUUACAACCAACAUUAUCGGUGUUUCACAAAUGUUCUUGUUUUUAAUACAGCAUACUCUCUAACAAAGUAUAUAUUUCUCUUUUUCGUUCAUUGUUUUACAUUUAUUCAAAAUGUAAAAGAAACAUCUGAACUAAAGAUUAUUAUACUGACAAAUACGUAUAACAUACCACAUGUUACUCAUUACCAUCAAUCACUUCCCGGCAUGAGACUGCAAAGCAUAGACUGUGCCACCUGUGGAGCAAUCCCAGCCAUUAAUAUUUGAUCAAAUUUGAUGUAUAACAGAUAUGAGGAAAUUUUAAAAAUAACGACCUAAAUUUUUAAAUAGCCAUCAAUACAAAACUGUUAUCAUAAAUGUUAACUAAGAGCGCAGCUUACAACCAAUAUUAUUGUUGUUUCACAAAUGUUCUUGUCUUUAAUAAA